AUGGCGAAUUCUAGUUCACAUGUAGCCAGUUUUGUUCCCUUUGUCUUCACCAUUUUCCUUAUCUUCAAUAUAGCAAAAGCCCAAUCCAAUGUAACACGAGGUUCUUCUUUAAGGCCUACAGGUGCCACCACCUCAUGGUUAUCCCCGUCGGGACUAUACGCCUUCGGUUUCUACCCACAGACAGGUGGCUACGCCGUCGGUAUUUAUAUUGCCGGAAUUGCAGAAAGAACUGUUGUAUGGACCGCCAGCCGUGAAACCCUUCCACUCUCAAAUAAUGCUACUUUGCGUUUCACAACCGAUGGAAGGCUCGUCGUCGACCAACCACAAGGCCAACAGAUCAGUAUCUCUGAUACCCGUGGUAUCGGUGCUACCGUUGCUUCCAUGAAAGACUCCGGCAACUUUGUGCUCUAUGAUUCCGACCGGAGGACGAUAUUGUGGCAAAGCUUUGACCACCCCACUGAUACCCUUUUGGUUGGACAACGUCUUGUACCCCGUCAAGCCUUACUUUCUUGUGUAUCGGAGGCAGAUCACUCCAUUGGGAUCUUCAAGCUGAGUAUGCAAGUCGAUGGGAACCUUGUCCAAUACCCAAAUUUAGGGUUUCCAGAUUUUGCUAUUACUUCAUACUAUGCGUCCAACACCGACGGCACCGGACCUAACGUGACACUGAAUCUUGAUUCCGAUGGCUUUCUAUACUUGUUGCAAAAUUCAAGUUUUUAUAUCAGGAAUCUAACAAAAGGAGGCUAUCCUAGAGAAGAUGCAAUCUAUCGCAUGAAGAUCGACGUGGACGGAAUCUUUCGACUUUAUUUUCAUAAUUUAAGUAACACGAGCCAGAAUGAAUCAUCAGUCAUUUGGGCAUCUUCGACAGACAAGUGUAGGGGGUUGGGUCUUUGUGGCGUAAACGGGUAUUGUGAUCUCAUGAACGAGGCUGCAAGAUGCAGAUGUUUACCGGGGUUUGAUUUUGUGAAUCCGGAGUCUUGGUCUUCCGGUUGCAAAAGAAAUUACACAGCAGAAACCUGCAAAAUUCAGGAUGGAAAUGAAGGUAACUUGUCGCAGAUGAUGACAAUGUUGAAGCAUACUAGAUGGGAAGAUACGGCUUAUGCUCUCCCAAAAGCGUCAAACCAACAAGAGUGUUCACUUGCAUGCAUGAAGGACUGCAACUGCGAGGCCGCACUGUUCACAGGAGAUAGUUGCAGGUUGCAGAAGCUCCCUUUAAGAUACAUUCAAGUAAGAGAAAAUGAACCAAAUGUCGGAUUCAUUAAAGUAUAUCUAUCUUCUGUAGACAACGGAUCGGAUCCAACUAUUUACCCAUCAAUCCAGGUCAAGAAAGUGCGACAAGUGAUGUUCUUUGUUAUAGGGGUUUCAAUUAUCUCAUUUGCAAUACUCAUUUUGCUACUUUCUGGAGUAAUCAUGUGGAGAUCUCACGUUUGGGCAUACAAAAAGAUUUCUGAGCAUGUAAAUGUUCAGUUGUUCGAGGAUGUUGGGCUCCGGGCAUUUUCAUAUGCUGAGCUAGAGAAAAUCACAGAUGGUUUUAAAGAAGAAUUGGGUAGAGGAUCGUUUGGGAUAGUUUAUAAAGGAAUUAUAGAGAGCUCGAUGAAGAUUGUGGCAGUGAAGAAAUUAAAACAAGAGUUGGCACAAGAAGGGGAAAGAGAGUUUCAAACUGAAAUGAAAGUGAUUGGGAGAACUCAUCAUCGUAACCUAACAAGGCUACUUGGUUAUUGUUGUGAUCAUGGUCCGGAAAGGCUCCUGGUUUUUGAGUAUAUGACCAAAGGAUCACUUGCAGAUAUAUUAUUCGACCCCGAAAGCAAGCCAUCUUGGUCAGAGAGAAUAAGAAUUGCGCUUGACAUUGCCCAUGGGAUCUUCUACCUACAUGAAGAAUGUGAAACACCCAUAAUUCAUUGUGACAUCAAGCCUCAAAAUAUCCUCAUGGACGAGUAUGGAUGUGCCAAGAUUUCAGACUUUGGAUUGGCAAAACUACUGGAACAUGACCAAACUAGAACGUCCACUUUGAUAAGAGGAACAAGGGGUUAUGUUGCUCCUGAAUGGCACAAGAAGCUGCCUAUAACAGUUAAAGUGGAUGUGUAUAGUUUUGGGAUUGUUCUCUUUGAGAUUUUAUGUUGCCGAAGGAAGCUUGACAACAACCUUCCAUCUGAUGAAGCUAUUCUCCAAGAUUGGGUCUAUGAAUGUUAUGAAACAAAUGAAUUAUUCAAACUAGUGAAUGAUGCAGACGUCGAUAGAAAGACACUAGAACGGAUGAUCAAGAUAGGCCUUUGGUGCACUCAAGAGGAUCCGUCCCUCCGCCCCUCGAUGAAAAAAGUAGUGUUGAUGCUUGAAGGGACGGUCAAAAUCCCAGUACCUCCAAAUCCUGCUUCAUUCUUGAGUAUCGUUUAG